AUGUCACUGACACAAGCAUACCAGUCUGGUCAAGCCACUUCUUUGGCCGUAUACAAUCUACCCACCUCGGCAGACGAAACCGAAGUUCAGUCGGUAUUCCCUUCGGCCAGGUCAGUCAACUUCGUACGAAGUCAUUCUGUGUCUUCGCAAUCUAAAGGCAUGUGCAUCUUGCAAUUCAACAAUGCUCGCGACUGUCAACAAGCCUACGAUGAAUGUCUUCAAGGAAAAGAAAUUGGUGGACAGCUGCUGCAUGCGGAACUGAACGGAGAUUAUCAUUCCAGUUCGUCAGAAAAUUUAAAUGUCAGCCAGCAUUAUGGAGGCAAUUCCAGGGAUUUCAGACGUUCACAUGCCGAUAAUGAGUACAGCCAGCCCACAUAUGAUCCGCAUAGUAGAACUGAUAGUGAAAGUUCUUCCAACGCCUCUUGUACACUCACCGUGUCAAAUCUUCCCUAUACAGCAUCUGAAAGAGAUAUUAUGCGCGAGUUCCCAGAAGCCCUCCGAGUGGCACUUUCGUUAGACGAGCAGGGACGUUCCAGAGGCGUUGCUCACGUGACUUUCUCGAAUUCCGACCAGUGCAGCGCCGCUCUUACUUCCUGCGGAAAUAAGAUGAUGGGCGGUAGGCCUGUACGUGGACGAAUCCAGAGAGACCAGGAGCACAAUCAACAACCGAGUUAUAACAAUCAGCGCCCUUAUAAUCGUGACCAAAGAGAAUACGGUCAACGUAAUCAACGCGACUACAAUCAGCGGAAUUUCAAUAAUCGAGAUCACACCAACCAGCGUGAAAACGGUAACCAGAGAGAUGGCAAUCAACGUGAGUACAAUCAGCGUGAUUAUAGUGGUCAACGUGACUACAACAGACAAGGUAGGCAGUUCGACUACAAUUCAGGCAGAGGCGAAAGAGAUGUAAACCGUUUCCAAGGUGCUCCAGCUAAUCGAGGCGGGUCACGCGAGUUUGGUAGAAAUGACCGCUUCGAACGAACAGAUCAAAGACGAGAUCGCAGCCCAGCCAGAGGAGAGCCAGUUCGUGGGUACGGCAGCUCAAAAGGACCCCGAAUAACAUCAGCCGUAAUUCACCGUCCAGGAAAUGCCAGCCCUUCGGAGUCGUCCUCUUCAGAUGAGGACUAAAUAUCCUGGUAUUUUUCAGGGAUUCCUCACUGGUGCGUCGUGCAAAUACUUUUAUUAACGUACAUAUGACUUUAAACAUUAAAAUAUUCAUGUUGGAAAUUCAUUAAUGUUGUAGUCUAAUAUACACUUCACUUCAUACGCGGUUUUUUACAGAACACAGUGAGGUAAAGUAGCGGGAUAGAGUUGAGGUCAUGCUGGAAUAAGUCGAUUCCAACCAAAUAUAUAUAUACAUAUAUGGAAGUAGGGUUGGGUAUUAGUGUCUUAACGAGGCUUCGCUUAUAAAACGUAAUUUUGUUUAGUCAGGACUUUCGAGAUGGUGACUGACCUGAAGCUCAUUUUGUCGUGUACUGGUUUCUCUCGAGCAACUCAUCGAAUGCGAAUAAACCAACAAUGUUAUAAUUAGUGGUUGGAAAUUGUCUGCCUACUUACUGUGAUAAUGAUAAUUAACUACCUCGAAAUUACAGGUGAUAUGGCUCGGGAGUCAGGCAAAUUAGUGCAUCUGUCCUAUUUUUGAGUUAUUCAGAAUGUCACCCAGGGUCGCCACUAAUAAACAAUUAGGGUACCUAGAUGUCGUGUCAGAUGAACCGAAAUAAACGCAAAGUCGUGGCGCAUGUUCUCACACAAGGUAUGUACGCGGUGUCUAUGUUUUGCCGACCGACCUUCAUAGGGAAGAUAGAGUUCGCAAGUAGUAUAGUGUUUCAAGAGUUCCGAUCACACAUGUGACUAACCGAUAGAUAUGAGAGUGCUUCAAAUCGCUGACCUGGUUUGCCGUACGUCGGUACUGCGGUAUAAGCAGGUCUUUUGGAUGCUAAUGAAAUUUGGGCUGUGGUUUUCUGAGAGAAGAUUACGAGCCUAGUGAUGCUCUUUACUCCUUAAGAGAAUAGCCCCACAUUUGUGGUUAAGGGGAUAGUGAGUUAGUGUUAGAACGUACGAUUUUCCGGCUUUAUACACUAUAAAAUGCUCUUAUCUCAACAUCGGCUACCUUCAAUUCCACAGGACUUAGGAUUUGGUGGGAUUAUCCCACUACAGGCCUGAGUCGGCAGUUCACUGUUUCCUCUAUCCCUUUGAAAAAAGAUAGAUUGGAUAAGAAUCCAGGAAGAUGUUGAAGUCGCGUCAAUUUCCGAAAAAUUAGCACGACAUUUAUCAUAUAGGCUUCGGGAGAAUAGUAAGUUCUCCCACAAUAGCACAAACUUUGGUCUCCGGCAGAAUCGAGUGCAAUACCAAUUACUAGAGGUCCACAACCACGGGGUUCUCGUUGUCACUUUAUGGACGCCCUGUUACCAGGCCCUCGGCGAAAGGAGUUGACAAUGCACACUGUAUCCAUACAACAACAACAGCGAGAGAUGCCUUCAUUCAAUCAACAAAAAACUGAAUGUACGACACUCGGUAUAAUUAGCUGACGUCCUGUCAUCUUUUACGCUAACUAUUUGACAUGGCUGAAUGUGUAGUAUAUUUGUUGGUGAGCGAUAAUAUCCUUACAGGAAGUAAUUCGGUGUAAGCCCGCAUGUUUUAUCCCUGGUUUUUUGUAGUCCUCAGUUGAUUACUAACAUAUGACAUUAAGGGUUCAUCAUUCAACUUGCUGCCUUCAACGUUCGCACAUUU